ACUGAGAGUGUCGGUUGGUCGACAUGGUGAUCACGGACGACAGGGUGCAGGAGGAAGAACAGAAGAGUGAAGAGGAAGAGCAAGAAGUGCAAGAAGCGGAGUCACCCCGGGUUAUAUCAUCAAAGACAGAACCCGGAACCGUUAUUGUCGUUACCAAGGGCAACAGCAGUCAAAGUGACCAUCUUUUGCUUCGGAGCUUGUUGAAAAAUAGGCGCAACCCUGGAAGAAUAGAGAAAAUCAAGAUUAUCCGAUCUCCAGUGACAGACAUUCGGAAUGCCAGCAUGUCCAAUCGAACCAACCUGCGGUUGCAGCUGAUGCGGCAGCAGCUGAUUGAGGAGGAGAAGCGAGAGACCGUAUUGUCAUCAUCGUUCAAACCUUCCAGCGUGCCCUCAAAAACCAUUGACAUGCCGACCGUCAGCGUCACCUCUACAGAAGUGCCGCCACAAGUCUUAAGGGUGGAGACCAAUCUACAGUUCCCCACCAAAUACCACAUGCAGCAGAACAAGAAGCGUCAGAUUCAGAUGUUCUUGAAUCAGGGUCAGGUUCCUGUGACAGUGCAGUCCCUCCCUGCUGUUUCCAGCACCUCCGCCCCAGGGGAUCUGGGCUUCUUAGGGAGUGCCCCAGCAGAUCCUGACAGUCCACUCUCCAUGGGGCUCAGCAGUGUAGCUACAAGCACAUCAGAGGUGGACAACUUCCUGUCGGACAUCAUCAGCCUGGAGUCUGUGGAGGCUUGUCUGGACAGUGACCUCACUCUCAUCGAACCAUCUCUCACUCAAAUGUCAUCCACAAUGCCUCAAUCUCAGCUCCUUAACACAUACUCGGUCGACUCAGCUGGCGCCAAGUCCUCAUCAUCAUGCCCAGCUGCUUUCCGUAAAGAACCGACGCCAAGCUUCAUCACAGAAGAUGAUGAGAAGGCUUGGUAUAAGGAGCGCCAGAAAAAGGAUAACCACAAUAUGAUUGAGAGGAGGAGAAGGUUUAACAUCAAUGACAGGAUCAAGGAGCUCGGGACCAUGCUGCCCAGAUCUAGUGAUCCAGACUUGAGACAGAACAAAGGGUCUAUCUUGAAGGCGUCUGUGGACUACAUCCGCAAGCUGAAGCGAGACCAGGAGAAAGUGCGACAGCUGGAAGACCAGCGGAGGCAGCUAGAGGCAGCUAACAGGAGAUACAUGCUCAAAGUACAGCAACUUGAACUGCUGAUGAAGGCCCACGGGGUUUCAACAGGCUACACAGAAGACAUGAUGUCGCUUACCACAAUGAUACCUCCUAGUGCUGUCAACUUUCAACCCAGACAGGAAAUGGAUCAGUCUGACAUGUUUUCAUCAACACCUACCAACAGUUCUCUGAUCGAGGAGGAAGACUCUCCUGUCAGUGGAGACCCGAUGAUGAUGUCAGCACCGGUCAGUCCUUCUCUCGGCAUGGAGGAUGAUUCAGACUUCUUGUGAAUGUUCUUGGACAAGGGGAGAUAACUCUAUUUGUCUUUGUAAAAAGUGGACUUUUUCGUCUCGAGAGAAAAGCUUUACAAGUCUCUACAACUAUGAAGAACUUAAGAUUCAAGUCAACAAACCAUUUUCAUUUGUAUCAGGAUUGAAGUGACUUCAGCCUUCAUGGCAGCGUUCAUCACAGUGGCUCGGCAUGAAUUAUUGCAAAUUGAGUUAAAUUUUUAAUAUAACUGCCAGCGAUAUGAUCAAAAGACUGAGAGAAAAACUUUUGAUUUGCCAACAGACAUUUUUUUAUAUCAAAAGUGCAAUAGUUGGACAAUGAUUUCCCGAGUGUUUUGGAAGCAUGACGUGCCACCCAGGUCUAGGAUUCUGCCUGAAGUGGUCUUUGGUCCCUGUUGCAUAGAAUUUAGAUUGCAAAAGUCUUUUAUCUGAACUGUUUGACAAACAUGUGUUUCAUGAUACGACUCUUAAGAGGUUUUUGUGAAAAAAACCUGGUUGUUUGUAGGGAGUUAUUCACUCUGUUAGAAUUUGGAUGGCAUUUGGUGCUAAGAAGUGCAAAAUUUCCAUAGGUGGCAGUGCAUUGGAUAUAUGGGCUUUGACCUGUGACCUUGACCUUUAUGCAAAUAUGCUACAAAAGGCUCAAUUGUCAGUUGUAGGCAACCCAUUGAAGGCACUACAGUGGCAUGGAAAUCCAGAUUAUAUGUUCUAAGAACCUCAGAAGACUGGAGAGGAGGAACUACUGAGGUGUGUAUGCAUGGCACCAGAGACAGGUGACCGUGAUACUCAUGGUCAUGGUCACCAGGACUGUUGAUAGGAGGGAGACCAUUCCAGUGUACAGCAUAGUAUUUGUUGUAGAGGAAUAGUUGACUUCCACUUAUGUAAAUAUGUAAAUAAGUACAUAAUAUAACCCUGUGUACAUAUCAUGUAUAUUGCAUCCUUGUUAAGACUUUGCCACUUCAUAUGUUUCUGUGGCCGACACAAUUAUGUCCUGAAGGUAGAAAACUGGUUUCUUCUAUUAUUUUUCAAUGAGUGUUGAACAUGUUGUUUAAAGAUUCUUUUGACAGGAAUGGGGUGUUUCGUAUUCUAGCUUAAAAGAGAAGUAUUCUAUCGAGAGAAAUUGACAUUAUUACAUGAAAGACUUCAACUUCAAAACGUUCUAAAUUUGAGGAGCUUUCUGGCCUCACGACAUGAGGUAGAUAUGGAGAACAUACUCAAUCUGUAUUUGGUGAGAUAUUUAUCAAUACAUCAUGUUCACAACUAAAUCUAUUGAACCCCAAACCACGUUCUUACAAAUCUGUUUUGCUUGGACAGCAUUCUAUAUGUUAAAAAGAAUAUUCCUCAUAUGAUUUAACACCUUAGUGUGUAUGAAAUGGAAAAGGUUUUUUUCCCGUUACUGAGCUAAGACUUACCAACUUUUGUUUUCAAACACCAUAGCAAAUACUCUAUGGUCAAUGUAGUAAAGUACACAAUAGUGUAAUGUAUUUGAAAUAGUUCCUGGACAAACUAUGAUUUGAAUGUUUAUUGCAUAAGGAAGCAGUUUCAGUAUCACGGUAGGUAGUGACAAGCCGGUUGUUUUAACUUCAUGACCAUAAACUCAUUAAUCAAAAGACACAAAACCCAUUACAUUAUCAUCAGGUUAAAUGUGGAUUCACAUUUACGUCCCUUAUGUGCCCCUUGUUGUGAAACUCCUUCAGAUCCACCAGUGAAGAAGCAGUAUUUCGAGAUAAGUUAUGUCUCGGUAGAGAGGAUGUAGUUAUCUCAGGAUGAGCCACUUAUCGGGAGAGAGGAUGUAGUUAUCUCAGGAUGAGCCACUUAUCGGGAGAGAGGAUGUAGUUAUCUCAGGAUGAGCCACUUAUCGGGAGAGAGGAUGUAGUUAACUUGAGAUCUCCCCCUACAGAGAUCUCAACAGUUGUCUUGAGAUAAGUCACAUCUCAGUAGAAGAAACAGUUGUCUUGGGAUAAGAUAUGUUUGUGUAGAGAGGAAGCUGUUAUCACAAGAUGUCAUAUCUCUGUAGAGGAAGCUGUUAUCUCAAGAUGUCACAUCUCAGUAGAAGAAGCAGUUGUCUUGAGAUAAGUCAUGUCUGUGCAGAGUAGAAGCUGUUAUCUCAAGAUAGUCACAUCUCAGUAGAGUAAGCAGUUGUCUUGAGAUAAGUCAUGUCUGUGUAGAGAGGAAGCUGUUAUCUCAAGAUAAGUCACAUCUCAGUAGAGUAAGCAGUUGUCUUGAGAUAAGUCAUGUCUGUGUAGAGAGUAAGCUGUUAUCUCAAGAUAAGUCACAUCUCAGUAGAGUAAGCAGUUAUCUCAAGAUAAGUCACAUCUCUGAGGAGGAAACAUUUGUCUCGAGAUAGACCAGGCAUCUAUUGGAGAAUAUGUUGGAGUUGCAUCUACUAUACCCAGUAGGUGGUAUUGUAUUCCUACUUCUGAGAUGGUCAGAGAUAUAUUGAAGUAGAAGUUUCAGACAGGAAGAAUUUAAAACAAAAGGUUAAAGGUUUAAAUUCCUUCAUGUUUUGGUUUCCGUGAAGCACAAUAGAGACUUGUGUGUGUAAAUGGCAUAAUUCAUGUUCAUUGUGUAUAGUAAUGAAACAUUGUUAUUGUAUUUUAGAAAGCAAUGCAUGAAUGCAAUACAAGAAUGUUGCAGACUGGAUGAUACAGUUUCCAAUUUUUGUUUUUUAAAACACAAAGGAAGAAAAUAAAAGAAAUGUCAAUCAUG